UAAGAAAUGUUCCAGAGGAAACAAAAUGGCGCGCAGGGAGAAGACGAUCGUCUUGCACGAUGUGUACCGGCUGUGCACCCUUUCACUUCUGACCAUAGGACUGGUUCACACAUGUUGUGUUCCCCACCAAUGGUUCGGCCCCGUUCGAGUCCUCACGACCACAGUGGCGCAAGGCAUGCCGGGAACGGACGUACAAGUGACGCUUCAUGGUUAUGAUGGCAACAACCAUCGAGUUGCAGUCAGCUAUCGGGACGAGAAUGGUACAUACGUCCGUGACAUACUGGAUUACGGAAAGGGGCUGGAGAUGUUCAUCACUAACGACAUCUGGAACUCACCUCAAAUUAAAUGCACCAAGCACCAGCUGAAGGGUUCUUGGAAACCAGCAUGUACACCAGCAAACGCUACCAUCAGCAAGGAGUUCUACAUGGGCCAUCCCCCGCAGCAGUACUAUAAGCAGCUGUACGCAAAAACCUUUUCUUUUACUCGUGAAACUCUCAAAGCUAAGACCAUGAUGACUACAGACAAGUGUUCGAUAGUUGGAGAGGUGGCGUAUGACAUCAGUGACCCUUUCGGUGCAAAGGUGAUCAACAGGUUGUACGUGAACCAAUCAUUCUACCCGUAUGACGAUUUUUUCAAGCCGCCAGAGAAUGUCACAUGCGUCCCAGACUCCAACCCUCCUCCACUGUCACCAUGGCGACGGCUCAGCCUUUUCGGACUUCUGGUCGCUUGGCCCGAGUACUGAGUCGUGGUUUUCUUCUGAUCCCAUCAAUGUCGUCCCAGACUGAUGGCAUCAAGCCGAUAAAAGAACUUUUUUUUCUUUUUCUCUUCAUUAAAAAAUAGACGGAUGCUGCUGCACUAAAUUUUACAGUGUGUGUACACUAUGAUUAACAGUUGGGGGCCAGCACUGGACUGUUUGCAGAAACCCUGUGACUACCUAACAGGUCGCUCUAACCUGUAUAGUGCGUCACGAGGACGCGUGACUAGAAGACCCACGAAGUUUAUCGAGUGUAUGAACGCACUCGCCUAGCAAUACGCAGGACGAAAGCUGUCGACUUAACUGGUCAGAGGAAAACCUGGCUAACGAACGUCAAAGAGGGGACUGGUCGUCCUGAGCAGGACCUGCUGACAGUCGGGCACGUUAGGUACCAUGUCUAUCCAUGGUAUCCCCCAAACGACAGACACCAGUCCAGGGGUGUUUAACUUCAUUGUUCUGCGUAACAUUUCUUUAAGCAGACUAUAAAUUACCUGUCAUAAAAAUACAAAUAACGAAAGAAAACUAGAAGUUUCCAAAGAA